GCCUCUUGGCCGUGAGCAGCUGAGACCGGCUUCUCCUUACCGCCGCCGUCUCCGGCCCGGACCCUGCCGCUACCAUGUCCUCCGACUUCGAGGGCUACGAGCAGGACUUCGCGGUGCUGACAGCGGAGAUCACGGGCAGGAUCGGGAAGGUGCCCAAGCUGCUGGGCGAUGAGAAGAAGCAGAUGGUUGCAAAUGUGGAGAAACAGCUAGAAGAAGCAAGAGAGCUGCUUGAACAGAUGGAACUCGAAGUUCGAGAAAUCCCCGCCCAAAGCCGAGGAAUGUAUAGCAGUAGAAUGAGGAGCUACAAACAAGAAAUGGGAAAACUUGAAGCGGAUUUUAAAAGGUCACGGAUUGCCUACAGUGACGAGGUGCGGAAUGAGCUCCUAGGGGAUGAUGGGAAUUCCUCAGAGAACCAGAGGGCACAUCUGCUCGAUAACACAGAGAGGCUGGAAAGGUCAUCUCGGAGACUAGAGGCUGGAUACCAAAUAGCAGUGGAAACCGAGCAGAUUGGACAGGAAAUGUUGGAAAACCUGAGCCAAGACAGAGAGAAGAUCCAGCGUUCUCGGGAAAGGCUUAGAGAAACAGAUGCAAACUUGGGGAAGAGCUCCAGGAUCCUAACCGGAAUGUUGCGAAGGAUCAUCCAAAACCGGAUUUUGAUAGUUAUCUUGGCAAUCAUCAUCUUCUUCACCAUCCUGAUGGCUAUUUAUUUUUCUGUCAAGAGACACUGAUAUCUUGGUUCUUCACUAAACAGCAACAAACUGCUUGUUCUGAGUAAUUAAGACAAAGUGGUCACAUGAAUCACUCUCUCGCACUGACAGAAUCUCCCUGUCUUUGCCGCUGUUCAGCUCAGGUGCAAGUAGCGUAAAAAUAUCUUGUAUUAUUGAUUGCAUGUGGAUUUCAUUUUUUCCUUGUUUUUUCCCCUUACAAUGAAUGUUUUUGGAAUCUUCGUAUAUGGGUUUUUAUAUAAAAAACAUAACUAAGAAGAAUUAAUGUGUGUCAGAUUCCACACCGGGUUAUUCAUUUGUAAGUUACAAGAGUUUGGGGGGGGGGGUGUGAAGUGUCUCCACACUUUUCUUCUGUUGUGUUGGGUGUAUAAAUAUCUAGCAGUAUCUGAUCUUCUGUGACAUCAAAGAAUAUGAGUAAAGCAGAGACCAAAUGAU